UUUCUUCGAUGGAACUUUCCAUAGUGUUGCGUUACAUUCAAACGCGGAACCAAAAACACGUCCACGGUGUCACAGCGGAACAGUUACCGUGUAACAUCAGUGUCUACAUGUGAAUCUUUGGCGUGAUCAAGGAGUUGUUUGCAUGAAAUCUGACCAUGAAGCGGUUGUACAUCGGCGGUCUUGGUCACACAGUGUCCGAGAAGGACCUCAAAGACAGAUUUGGAAAAUUUGGGGAUGUGUCAGAUGUGGAAAUCGUUACAAGGAAAGAUGAGAAUGGAGCUCCUCUGAAAACAUUCGGCUACAUCAACAUAAACAUCACAGAUGCUGAAUACAAAAGAUGUGUAGGCAUCUUAAAUAAAUCCACAUGGAAAGGUGGAACCUUGCUUAUUCAGUUGGCAAAAGAAAGCUUUCUACACAGACUUGCUGAGGAACGACAGCAGCUGGUUGAAAAGGCCAACACACCAAAGAUCGUCCCUCAGGAGAAAUUAGUGGAUUCGUUUAAAGCGGCCGGCGUUGAGAAUUUCCACAUGAAAGCUGCCGUUCCAGGAACUGAAAUUCCCGGCCAUAAGGAUUGGGUCGUGAGUAAAUUUGGGAGGGUACUUCCUGUCGUGAAUCUGAAGGGUAAAGGAAAGAACAAGGUCUUUAAGUAUGAUCCAUCCAAGCACUGCCACAACAUCAAGAGACUGGAGACUGUGGAUGACGUCACGUCAGUGUCCAAGCUGACAUGGGAGAUUAAAGGGGGAGACGAUGAAAUUAGUAAGAAGAGGCGAGGGGAGUUUCCAAAGCAGAAAACGUGCCCCAAAAAAUCCAAAAUAGACUUGAGUUUGUUUCUUAGUAAUUUGGCUCAGAGAAAUGGAAUGAAUGCGGCUGCCACUGGAAACAAAAACAAAGUGGCGAUCCAACAAAAUGGACACUCUGCUGCAAAGACAGGAAAACAAAAAUCAGUUCGUGUUUUCGACAACGACUCUGACUCUGAAGAUGAAAUCAGAAUGUUGGUUGCUCAAGAACAUUUGAAGAAGCCUAAACAGACGUCCACGGAGGAUGACGACGACAACCUGGAGGUUGUGGGAGAUGAUUUUGUCGUCAAGUCUAAUGUUGUCUGGGGUGGAGUGGAACAGGAUGACGUGAAAACGUCCCUACUGACUUCAAAAAAAGACGAUGAGGAAUAUGACUCUGCGGACACUGAUGAAAUACUCACUCGGAGAAAGACCCAAACACAAGUUGAAUCUGCACCUGUUACUCAAGAUUCCCCAACAGGAUCCAGUAAAAACCAGUCCGCAUCUGAAUCUGAUGAUGGGAGCGAUAAGGCAGAUGAUGAUGACGAUGAUGAUGAUGAUGAUGAUGUUAGUGUUGAUUCUGAUUAUGAAGCCAUGAUGGGAAACUGCUACCGUUUAGAUCUUUCCCUAGCAGACUUGGAGCAGCUAGCUAAAAAAGCAGAGGUGAUUUCAGAUGAUGAAAGUGUAGAAGAACCCAAAGGCGAAGCCAAGACCCCAAGUGCACCACCCAAAAAAACAGGCAAUAACCCAGAAGAUAUUCUCGCUUUUCUUCUUGGAGACGACACCCCUGAGAAAGAAAGUAAGAAGAAGAAGAAUCAGGUCAACACUGUCUCUCUUCCUGCUUUCAUUGGAACGAAGGAUCUCUUUGGAGAUCCUGAAUCAAGCCUGAAAAGAGUCGCCCAAAAUGUAGAUGGUGAAUCUCCUAAAAGACUCAAACAUGACCUGAAAUUGAAAGAACAAAGCAUCCCAGGAGAUAUGCAGUCUUCAAACCGUCGAUCUCAACAGAAAUUAUCCACUUUAAAUAUACAAACAGCCUCAAGAAAACUUGCAAAUAAAGCAUCCAUCUCAAAAGAGGACUCUUCUAGUGAAGAAUCAGAAAGCAGUGGUGAUGAAGAGGUCUUCACUUCUAAAACAUCUUCAGCGUCACAAUCAGUAAUACCUGAAACCGAACUAAAGACUGUUAGCUCUAACAAUUCAAAGACUCAAGUCAAACCCAAUCAGACGAAGACCUCCAGAUCCUCCAGCAGUGACUCUUCUAGUGAAGAAUCAGAAAGCAGUGAGGAAGAAGAAAAUGAAGAUAGUGCUUUGACUUCUAAAACACCUUCAGUUGCACAAUCUGUAAAAACCAUCUCUAAAACCAAACUAAAGACUGUUACCUCUAACAACUCAAAGACCCCAGUCAAACCCAAACAGACAAAGUCCUCCAGCAGUGACUCUUCUAGUGAAGAAUCGCAAAGCAGCGAGGAAGAAGAUAAUGCUAAAGCCCUCACUUCAAAAACAUCUUUAGCAACACAUUCGGCAAGAUCCAUCCAAGGAACUGGACGAAAAACUGUAAGCAGUAAUAUCUCAGUCAAACCCCAGCGGUCAAAGACCUCCAGAUCCUCCAGCAGUGACUCUUCUCGUGAAGAAUCGGAAACUAGUGAUGAUGAGAAGUCUAGAACUCAGACAAAAGAUUGUAAAUCUUCCAGUUUAAAGAACGUUCAGGAGAAUGUUGUUUCACAUCAAUCAGUUCUUCACCCAACUUUGAUAGAUGCCAAGAAACAACAGCAGGACAACCAGAAACGUCUUGCGGCACUGGAGCAACGACAGAAAGAAACCGAGCAACAGAGGAAACUCAUUCAAGGUGCUCUGUCUAACAUGGACGUGGCGAAAGUGAACAAAAGCAAACACAUUGUGUUUGAUUCUGAUGAUGAUAAUGAAGAAGAAGAAGAGGAUAAAACCACAAGCAGACCAGAACAACCACCAACAAACUUGAAAAAAAGCCUCUUUGAGGAUGAUUCAGGAUCUGAUGAAGAUCAACAAACGUCCAUGUCCAAAGAAAAGAACAACAAGCCAGGUGGCAGCAAACUGUUUGACAGUGAAGAUGAAGACGAUGGUUCUGAGGACGAACGUUUCCAGAUCAAGCCCCAGUUUGAAGGCCAAGCUGGACAGAAGCUCAUGGAGCUGCAGGCCAGAUUCGGAACCGAUUCAAGGUUCCAGGUCGAUUCUAGAUUUCUGGAAAGCGAUGGUGAGCCUGAAGAUCAAGAUGAAGCGGCUCCAGAAAAAGAUGCAGAAAACGAACUUCUUGAGGAGAAAAAGAAAAGUCUAGACAUCCUCCAAAGCAUCUUAAACACCAACAUACAACCACCAAACACCAGAAAGGGCAAGAUGUUCAAAGAUGUUUCCAGUCUGCAUUACGACCCGACACAAGAAGAGCACUCUGCUUUUGAGGCCAAGACCGAGGAACCGAAGAAAGAAAGCAAAGCGGCGAGACGAAAGAAACGCAUAGAGGCUGAAAAACUCCCUGAAGUUUCUAAGGACGUUUACUUUGACAUCUCAGUGGAUCUGAAGGAGGUCUUUGGGACGUCUAAAGAAAUCCAGGACGAGAAGGAAACCGUUUCAUGGGAUAAAGAGGAAGAAGAUACAGGAGAUCUAAUGAAACACAUGGAGGUUUCCUUCACUUCUAAUGUAGAAGCAAAUGAAGAUACUUCAGGUGGAUUCAAGUUCUCCUUCUUUGGGGAAGAUACAGCUGCAGAGACGACCACCAAACCAGAUGAGUACAAAAUCGAGACUGUAAAAGGAGCCAAGUUCUCUUGGCAAGCAGACCCUCGUUUCCAGGACAGCAGUUCAGACGAGGAAGGAGUGGACGAGGUUGAGGAGGACCAAUCCGCUUCCAACGAAAUCACUGAGGAACCGACAACAUCAAAAAAGACCUUUUUCUUUUUCUAUCAAAAUGAUGAGCGGUUAAAAGAGGGGCCAGGAAUGUUUUGUAGAAGUGUAAAAUUACAGGACCAGAGGGACGCCUGGGAAGAGAAGAGGACGUCGCUCAGAGAGGAGUGUCGCAAGAAACACAGAGAUGCCAAAAGGCGCCAGAGGCCUUCGCUAAAGACCUAAACUAUUUUAAGUAUUCAAAGACAUUUUUUCACUUGGCAGAUGACCAGUUUUCAGAGACAUUUUUCUGUUUAAUAGAUGUAAUUUAUUAUUCAAAAUGACAGUAUCUAAUGCAUAUUCUCUUUGUAUGAUUGAAAUGAUUUGAGAGAAUAAAUGCUGGUUUGUACCACUA